AUGAAUAGGUUCAACCUCAAGUUAUGCAGCAAGGAUUUCAACAGUCGUGACUACUAUACCAACAUAAGAAAGGCUUUGUUAGCAGGAUACUUUAUGCAGGUUGCCUAUUUGGAUAACAGUGGACAUUACUUGACUAUGAAAGAGAAUCUAGUAGUUAAUUUGCAUCCAUCUAAUUGUUUAGACCACAAGGCAAAGUGGGUUAUUUACAACGAGUGUGUCUUAACAAACAAGAAGAAGACGUUCAUCCGCACAGUUACUGAUGUUCGCGGGGAAUGGUUGGUUGGGAUUGCACCACACUACUAUGAUCUUGACAACUUCCCACAAUGUGAAGCAAAACAACUUCUUGAGAAGCUUUACAAGAAAAAGGAACAACACAAAAGAUUAAUACGAUGAUUAAUGUGAAAGAAUGGGAGAUUAUCUAUAUGGAAUUGAUGAGAAUAUUUGUCCUUCAAUCAAGAAUGGUUUGUUUGAUCCAAACAUUCCUAAGUUGUUUUGGUGGAGGUACUCCAGAUGAAACAACUCUGGUGAACAAGAAGAUGAUCCAAAAUAACAAGAAGUUUUUAAGGGAAUUACAAUGUGGCAUUCCUCUGUACAUUCUGGUUCAUGUAAGGCAGAACAAAACUACUAAAGAGAUGUGGAAUGCACUGAAAGAGAUGUAUGAAGGAACCGAUAAGAAGAGGAGUACGGUGACAAACAAAAUGGUAAAGAAUCAUUGGAUGAGGUCUACUAGAGGUAUUGUUUACUUAGUUACAAACUUAAGAAAGAUGAAGUUGUUCGUAGUCAACAUGAAAGCAAUAUCAGUUUCAUUCAGUCAUAUGUAAAGAAUGGAAAUAAUUUACUAUUAUUAUUAAGGGUCAUGAGAACAUUGAUUCACA